CAUUGGCUACGCACCAAGGUCAGCGCCAGUGUAGCAUCUCCGUCCCGCAUCGUCGUUGUAUCUCUCCGUCUCCUUUUCUCCUCCUACUAGUCCCUGAUUGAUUGUUAUACACAUGGUGUUGUGGCAAGAGGUUUUAAUGUACACGGCAAGCUCCCGAUUGUGUCGUAUAUAUAUCCAACCUGUGGCUGUAUCACGGGGGCUCAGGCACAUGUACGUACGCAUGCCACCAGAGAACCACUCUAAAAUCUUUCAACUCGUCAAUCCGCAUCCCAGAUUUGCAAAACUCUACAACUGACGACAACCAAGGUAGGAGUUUCAUAUUAACAAGGACUCAUCGGGACGUUUGUGUCGAGACCGGUGUGCCAGUUUUGAAGGGCCGAAUAUUUUUUACCAGUGGCCCGUUUUUUGGUUUUGUUCCGGAGUCGGGGAUGAAGUGCCAAACGGAGGAGUCUAAUGCUUGGAUCCUACGCGGUGGUAGCUCCUCUAUCGGAAACCACGCUAGAAUGCCCACGGGAUAUUGGAGGGGCCAAGGACCAGCAGUCAGUUUUGUCAACGGAUUUAACUUCAGCAGUCCUUCCGGUGUCCCCCAUAACAACAACUUUGUGGCCGGCACCAAUAUGUCUUCACAAACGUUUCACACUCCUAGUUUUGGGGAUGAUGAGUUUGAUAUUCCACCCAUAUCCCAGGGAAUGGGGGAGAGCAACAUCACAACCAUGACAGACCACGCCUUCACAGCCCAGCCCGUCAGCGAGCAAGUAGGCAGCCAGGGGAUGCCCCAAUACCACACGGACUCCAUGCACGACCGUCGGGUCAUGUCAAGCCCCUCCUCCAUGAGUAAUCAGACCCCGCCCCCCAUGCAGCACCAACAGAUGCUGACAUCACCCGUCAAUCACUCCAAUCCCCCUAUGUCGUGCUCGCCGUCGAUGUCACAGUCCCUGACACAAGCCCUGACGCUGCCUUCCCCUACCCACGGUCACACCAUGACCGACCCCGCAAAUCACUUCCCCAACACCAUGUCCAACGUGGCCUUUACGGAACCGUUGAGUCACAUGACCGAGAGUCUACCCAAUCCGGCCACCACGUCCAUGUUGGUCAAUCCGCAGUUCCCGCCUCAUAAUCUCGACAUUCCCCCGAUCACGGAGUCUACCGGUAGCCUGGGUACCAUGAGCGCUAUGAUGCAGCCGUCCCAAGUGUCUUCAUUCAGCCAUUCGGGUCCGACGACCACCCAGAUCUACAGCCCCUCGUAUCACAUGCCGCACAUGUCACACGGCAUGGACUUGUUCUCUAUGGACUCACAUUCCAACCAGCACAUGGGUCAGCUGUCCACAAUCAACCAGUCAGCGAUCAGCUCUCAGCUCGGCAUGCACGGCGGUCUGCAACCGGGGCAAGGCAUGAUGGGAAGGCAUCCAACGUUAGGUAAAAAUCUGGGUCCGGGGAAUACGAGAUCACCACACCAGGAAAGCAGCGAGGAUAGUGAUGAUAACACGCCAUUGGCACAGUUUGCAGCCAAGAGGCCUGAAAUCAAAGAAACGAAGAAGAAGCCCCCCAAGAGAAAACGCAAGAAGGAUCCUAACGAGCCCCAGAAGCCCGUCUCGGCCUACGCGCUGUUCUUCAGGGACACCCAGGCCGCUAUCAAGGGUCAGAAUCCCAACGCUAGCUUUGGGGAGGUCUCCAAGAUCGUAGCGUCAAUGUGGGACAGUCUCGGCACCGAACAAAAACAGGCUUACAAACAACGAACAGAAACUGCCAAGAAAGAAUACCUGAAAAAGCUGGCAGCGUACAGAGCAAGUUUAGUUUCAAAGGCUGCAAUUGACACGACACAGAUCGAAGAGCAAUCACCCAGCAAACAGAAGAAAACGACAGCAGCGCCGGUCAGCACCGUGGCGCCCCCUACCCCAGCCGGCCACACACACAUCGCACCGCGCAUCAUCGCGCCCAAGCCCAUAGUAACCGGCGUGCCUAUUACAGUAACCAUGGCAUCCGCAGCUAAGCCCAUGAUGCAGCCUGGCUUGAACCAGAUGCCGUCAGCACAGCGGGUCAUCAAGACGCACCCAAUGAUGGGCAUGGACGGAAUGCCGCCCCACAAUCACCAGAUCUGCACCCGCAACGGUUGCAACAAGCCCAGUAUAGAAAGCCCAGAUUGGGACAACGAGUACUGCAGCAAUGAAUGCGUCGUGGACCACUGCAGAAUACAGAAAUAUAGACACGAGUGGACACCUUACGCAUUGCCGGGGUCGAGGUAUACAGAUGGGGAGGGUCUUCCCCCAUAUGCGUGGGUCAAAGGUCAAACUGAGCGCUGACCCGACCCAAAAGAUGGCGUAUCACUCUAACAAAACUUGAGAUGUAUUCACAGCUUGGGUUGCGUCAAACGGCCCAAACGGAGGCAUGCUGCCGUCUGUCAAAUGAGAGCACAGGGAACCAACGCGCAAUGGAUACCGGUGUGAAAUAUUUCCCACGAUGCACCUUGGCUUCGACUGUCUCAAUUUUUUUAUUAAGUGUCAUCGACAAAUGUGGCUUUGUUUCUGGAGUCAGUAUGAACUGGGCGGCACUAACGAGACACUUAUUGGUGAUUUCACAAAACGCUGGAGUAUUUCUGCUGGGUCACGUGAUUGGUUUUUGACCAAUCAGAUGUCAGUUUACCGAACGGUUGAGCCAAGAUAUUACAAAGGGCAUUUUAGCCUUAUAUAUGCUUGUUGAGUUUGCUAAACUAUGUUCGUGCCUUUGCUUUGCCGAAAACUACUAAAACUGAAUUCGAGACUGUGACAAAGGGUUGUUAUAAAGUUUGUAUUUAGAAACUCGAUUCUGAUUGGGCGACUUCAUUUCAUGAUUCAUACCAGAAACCUGAUUGGCUAAUAUUACAGCUUAGGAGAAUAAAGCGAAUCGCGGAGAUUCCUUGGUAAAAAAGGAACAGUCGCUGUGAAAUCAUCAAUAAGGAAAUAAACUGGAAUUUGAGGCAACGCUCACAAAAACUUUGUGUAAAUGACUAGCAAUAAUCAUGUAGUUAUCUUUGCUAGAAAGUGUCAGAAAUUCUUUUUUUCUGGAGUCAGUGACUCAUGUAUUAAUAUUCCUUCAUAAAUUAUUUAUUAUUUAUGAUCGCAAACAAUGAUGGCUAUAUUUUAUCAUACUAUUUAAUUUUUACAGUCUACGUGUUGUUAUUUGAAACUCUACAACUUUGUUUUGUAAUUGAAGGCAGUUUGCCUUUUUGUGUAAAGGGCUCCCUCUAUUGAGGAAAUGUCACAGGGACUCCGCUUUGUCAGUGGAAAAUUAAGAAACUCAACAUGCUUAUUCUAUCAGCUGAGUAGCAGACGGCUUUCUUGUCAAUUGUAGCAAACAUCUUGUUCAUUGCUUAACCCUUUCAGUAUCGUACACAUCCUGGAAAUACUUGCACUACUUAUAAUCUUGUCACUCAUUUUCUUAAGUUAAAGAUUCCCCCUCCCAUCAAAGCAUGUGUCUCUUUCAAAUCCAUCCAUGAUAAGAAGUGUGUUAGAAAUCGUUUUCACGAAAGGGCUUUGAAAAUGCCUCCUUUUGAAACAUAGAAAUGGUCACCAGAACAUGUCAGAUAAUACAUAUUGUUCUCUAGUGAGCCUCAGAUAUUUUUUUCCACAACUCAUUUUGUCCCUGUUGAACAAGAACUGAAUGCAAUAGUCGAUUUCUCAUGCAGAAGUUUUCAAACUGUACUGCAUUUAAUAAUACCAUGUCCUAUUUGCAUCAAACCCUCCAUUGGUAGAUGUCGAAAAGUGGCAGGAAAAAGCAUGUUUAUUCAGUUGCCAAUAUUGACCUGAAAAGCCACACUUCUAAUCAGUUUCUAUCAUUUGUUUUUGAGAAAAAUAUGCAUGUACUAUUCUGGCGAUUAACAAAUCCCUAAAAUUCCUCUCGUGAAAAAUGCUUCUUACAACUUUCUGUCAGCAGAGGGCGCUAUUGCUUUUUAGUGGCGUUAUCACAUUAUUAGGCUUGACCAGAGAAAAGCCUGUUACUUAGUGUACUUUAUUUUGAAACCUGUAGAAAAUCCAGCUCAUAACUGUGGGGCAGAAUCUUUUAGGACAAAAUUACGGACACUUCCCUGAAAAGUGGGUAUUGAUUUUCUUCAGUGUGUUCAAGAACAGUUCAAAUUCUACACAAAAAACAGUGGCGCACCCAGGAUUUGGUUGGGGGGGGGGGGGGCUCAAAUUUU